AUGUUCGGCCGUUUGUUGGGCAACGUGUGUCAAAGGGUGCCCAGCUUGUCGUACAGGGUGUCGCUCACCAUGAAGCCGCAGGUUGUGUUCGUUCUUGGCGGGCCUGGCGCCGGCAAAGGGACCCAGUGCUCCAAAAUCGUGGAGAACUACAACUACACUCAUUUAUCUGCUGGGGAUUUGCUCAGGGCAGAGCGAGCUAGAGAGGGGUCAGAGUUCGGACAGCUCAUUGCCAACUACAUCAAAGAAGGCAAAAUCGUCCCGGUGGAGAUCACCAUAAACCUACUCAGGAAGGCGAUGGAAGAGACAAUUCAGCAAGACGAGAAAAAGUUCCGAUUCCUCAUAGACGGUUUCCCCCGCAAUGAGGACAACCUUCAGGGGUGGACCCGAGUCAUGGAUGGCAAAGCGGAUGUCAAGUUUGUGCUUUUCUUUGACUGUGGGAAUGAGGCUUGCAUCGACAGAUGUUUAGAAAGAGGGAAGAGCAGCGGACGCUCGGAUGACAACAGGGAGAGCCUGGAGAAGAGAAUCCAAACCUACCUGCAGUCUACACGACCAAUCAUUGAACUAUACGAGAAACAAGGCAAAGUGCGCACUAUAGAUGCCUCUCGCUCUGUGGAUGAGGUGUUUGCUGAUGUGAAAGCCACCCUGGACAAAGAAGGCUGA